AUGACCAGAAUCGCGGGCUAUGCCGACCGCGUCAGCGUGACGCCGGGAGAGACCAUCAACUUCAUGGUGAGUUGCGAAGCUCCCUCCUACAAAUGCGACAUCGUCCGCCUCGUCUGCGGCGACGAGAACCCCGACGGCCCCGGCGUCAAGGAGAAGGUCGUCAGGACCGGCGCGAGCGGCACCUACAAGGGGCGCCGCCAGGUCUGCUACGACGGCUCCUUCAUGGAAGUCCCGGCUCAUCCCGCCAUCCAGGGGCUGGAUAGCUUCACCUUCCAGGCGUUCAUCUGGCCGACGACGCCCGAUCGCGGCACCCAGGCGCUGAUCUCCAACUGGCGCGACCGCGACAAGGCAGGUGCCGCGCUCAUCAUCACCAAGAAGGACGGCUCGCUCGCGCUCUGCCUCGGUGACGGUAAGGGCGAGAUCGAGGUGAUCGCCACCAACCGGCCGCUGAUCGCGCACCAAUGGUACUUCGUCGCCGCAUCCUACGACGCCGAGUCGAAGCAGGUGACGCUGGUGCAGCAGCCGCUCAACGAAUACCCCAAUGUGGACCACGGCCGGACCUUGAAGAAAAAGUCCGCGCUGAGCGGGCCGGGCAAGCACGACGCACCACUCACCAUGGGCGGCCACUUCAAGCGCGUAGAUAAGGGGCGCACCGUCUGCGGCGGCUUCUACAACGGGCGCAUCGACAGCCCGCGCGUCGCCAACCGCGUGCUGAGCCCGGCGGAGAUGGAGCUUGCCAAGACCCGUCCCACGCACGGAUCGCUCGCGACAGUGGUGAUCGGCGCCUGGGACUUCUCCCAAGGCAUCACGACGACGACGGCGACCGAUCUCACCGCCAACGCUUUGCACGGCAGCCUCGUCAACAUGCCGACGCGCGCCGUCACCGGCUGGUGUUGGGACGGCAGCGAGAUGAACUGGCAGAGCGCGCCGGAGCAGUACGGCGCGAUCCAUUUCCACGAGGACGACGUCUACGACGCGCGCUGGGAGGUCGAUUUCUCGCUCACCUGCCCCAAGCGGCUGAAGAGCGGCGUCUACGCCGCGAGGCUCCGGGGCGAAGGCGGCGGCGAGGAGUACAUCCCCUUCGCCGUCCGCGCCCCGCGCGGCGCGCCGACCGCGAAGAUCUGCUUCCUGCUCCCCACCGCGAGCUACAUGGCCUACGCCAACACCAACAUGUCCACCAACAUGGGCGCGGCGCAGAUUCUCGCGGGCCGGCUCACGGUGCUGAACGAGAAGAACCUGCAACGCAGCGAGCACCGGGAAUACGGCACCUCGCUCUACGACAGCCACAUCGACGGCAGCGGGAUCUGCUACUCCUCGCGGCUCAGGCCGAUCCUGAACUUCCGCCCGAAGGCGCUGGAAUGGAUCGGCGGGACCGAAUCCACGCUCUGGCAGUUCAACGCCGACACGCAUCUGACCGAGUGGCUGGAGGCGCGGGGCUUCGAGUACGACGUCGUCACCGACGAGGACCUGCACUACGAAGGUCUGUCGGCGAUCCAGGACUACACGGUCGUCCUCAGCGGCUCGCACCCCGAAUACCACUCGAAGGCGAUGUGGGACGCGAUGCAAGCCUAUCAGCAGCGCGGCGGGCGGCUCAUGUACAUGGGCGCCAACGGCUGGUACUGGCGCAUCGCCUACCACACCGAGGUGCCGGGAUGCAUCGAGGUGCGCCGCGCCGAGGACGGCAUCCGUACCUGGAUCGCGCGCCCCGGCGAGUACUAUCACAGCUUCACCGGCGAAUACGGCGGCCUCUGGCGGCGCAACGGGCGGCCGCCGCAGGUAAUCGUCGGCACCGGCUUCAGCGCUCAGGGCUUCGACAUCUCGUCCUACUACGUGCGCCAGCCGGACAGCUUCAAGCCGGAGGUCGCCUGGAUCUUCGACGGCAUCGGCGAGGACGAGAAGAUCGGCGAUUUCGGGCUGAUCGGCGGCGGCGCGGCAGGGCUGGAGCUCGACCGGGCCGACCCGCUGCUCGGCACACCGCCCAACACCUACGUGCUCGCGAGCUCCGAAGGCCACACCGACCUCUACCUCGUGGUCUGCGAGGAGCUCGACGUGAACCGGCCCAAUGCCGACGGCACGCAGGACCCGCUGGUGCGCGCCGACAUCGUGUUUUACGAGACCGCGAACGGCGGCGCGUGUUCUCCACCAGCUCGAUCGCCUGGUGCGGGAGCCUUGCCCACAACGACCACGACAACAACGUCUCGCGCUUGA